AUGUCAAGGCUUCCUCUUAAGUCUGCUACUGCCAUGAAGGCGUCCAACGGUCCUUUUCCGCCGGAUGAAUCUGAAGCUCUGACUCUCUCGGCGAAGCUCGCAGCCAUCCGCAUUGAGGAAGCUGCGAAUGAUAGCAGGAAGGGUAAGGAGAAAGUUAUUUUCAAGGAUGCUGUUUCUGACGCUGCUCCUGAUGGGGAAGAUGUAUCCCAUGGCGAUGAGGAUGAUGAUUCACGCGACAAUGCUGAGGAUGGCUCGGGUCCAUCGGGGGUUUCUCACCUGCUCAACGAUGAAGACGAUGGGCUUAUUGCCUAUGAUUCUGACGAGGAGGUUGAGGAAGCGUCAAAAGGGGAGAUCGCGUCACGCUCUCGUUUCCCGAUCACCCUUCUGAUCCCUGAAGAGUUUUUGCUGGAAGUACCUCGCACACAAGCAACGAUCAAGGGAUUGGUGGGGAUAUGGAAGGAUGAGCUGUCAGAUGGGGCUCUGGUCACCACGACGUACCAGCAGCUGUCGUCCGGUUUCCUGUACAAGAAGUAUUAUGGUCGCAUGCAAGUUACUUUUGACAAGGCAUCUGAUGCUAACUUUGUGUGGCGUAAUCAGCUGAAGGAGUUUCGCACGUUUCGCUGUCGUUUUCCACUUGCCUUUUUUACCAAGUACUCACACCGUUGCUGCGCAGCUGCUGCGACCACUGCAUCAGAUGCGACCAAGAUUAUCCUCAAGGACCCGUCCCUGGUGCUUAUUUCCACCAGUGGCAAUCGGGAGGAGUGGGUUUGCCUUCAGGACAGCUGCAAGAAGGCUCAUGGUUCGUCGUUCGAACAGGCUGCGCAUCACGCGCUGUCCCAGCGGCACCGUCAUGGGGUCCCGAAAGGAGGAGAGUCGCUCCGGUUGUUGAAGGGGAAGAUCAACCUCAAGCACCUGAAGAAGGAUUAUGGGGUGUAG